AUUCUAACGUACCCGUGGAGCGCCAAAUAACGUGAUCGUUUCUUAUUGAGAUGUCCGUAGUACGAUAGUCCGUUCGCUUAUGUUUUCGUUGGAGUUCCUCUAGUAAUUUGUUUGUAAAAGUUAAUAUCCUAUUGACGACUAACGAUGAGGAACGAUAUAAACGAUGACAAUUCAACUAAUUUAAAAACAGUAUCCGAUUCAUCCGUGGAAACAUGUACAGCAGGUCCCUUAGUCCUGUAUUCCACCGCACAAGCAUGGGCGGCUCAGUUUCAUCGCAGCCUUAUGCCUGCCAGGAUAUCCGACGAAUCAUCCGACGAAGAAGAUCUUUCACAGUUCCAAUGUGAAGAUGACUUGGAGUAUCUUAGGUCAUUGGACCCAAAGGAAUGGAAAGAUCAAGACCAUUAUGCGGUGUUAGGCUUGAAAAAGCUUAGACACAAAGCAACCGAAGAUAUUAUAAAAAGGGCUUAUAAGCAGAAAAUUCUCAAAUAUCAUCCCGAUAAACGGAAGGCUUUGGGCGAGGAAAUCCGGCCAGAUGACGAUUAUUUCACCUGCAUAACAAGGGCCUGGGAAAUCUUGGGAAACCCUAUGAAGCGGCGGAGUUACGACAGUGUGGACCCGUAUUUUAGCGACGACUUGCCGGAUGAAAAAGACUGUAAAAAUAACUUUUACGUGCUAAUGGGUAAAGCGUUCAAAGAGAAUGCUAGAUGGUCUACGAAGAAGCCGGUACCGCGCCUGGGUGGAUCAGAUACACCUAGGGAUAAAGUAGAAAAAUUUUAUUCGUUUUGGUAUGACUUUGAUUCGUGGCGCGAAUAUUCUUAUUUAGAUGAGGAGGACAAAGAAAGCGGCCAAGAUCGAGAUAUGCGUAAGUGGAUCGAGAAAAAGAACAAAGCAACACGAGCGAAACGGAAGAAGGAGGAAAUGGCACGUAUACGUACGUUGGUCGACAUGGCUUACAAUAUAGAUCCCAGAAUAAAAAAGUUCCAGCAAGAAGAUAAGGAUAAAAAGACAGCAGCAAAAAAAGCAAAACAAAAAGCUGCAAAAGAGAGACAGCAAGAAGAAGAGAGAAUAGCGCGAGACGCGGCGGAAAAGGAAAGAUUGGAAAGAGAAAAACGGGAGAUUGAAGAAAAAGCAAAAUUAGAUGCGCUUAAACAAGAAAGAGAAGCACAGAAGAAGGCGCUUCGUAAGGAAAGAAAGGCAUUGAGAGAUUUUUGUAAAGCCAAUAAUUACUUUGCUCAAAAUUUAGAGGAAAUUAUUAGACACAUGGAGAGCGUUGAAAAAAUUUGUGAACUUUUUAAACUGGUUCAGUUGGAGGAGGCAAUGAAAAAAUUACAGAGUGACGGUAGAACUGCCUUUCUCAGUAUCAUGGAAGAAACUGAGAAGAAAAUAGAAGCAGAACGUAGAGCUGGUGUUAUCUCUAGUGAUAUGCGAAACACACCGGAAAAGCAAGUGAAAUCUUACACCGCUCCAUGGAGUGAAAAUGAUUUGCAGCUUCUGAUAAAAGCUGUAAAUUUGUUCCCAGCAGGAACGAAUCAACGUUGGGAAGUAGUAGCAAAUUUUAUCAAUCAACAUAGCACUUCCUCCACUGGUGUUACACGCGACGCAAAGGAAGUUCUUGCGAAGGCUAAAGAUUUGCAAUCAACUGAUUUCAGUAGAUCUAGUUUAAAGGAGCAAGCAAAUAAGAAAGCUUACGAUAAUUUUAUUGCCGAGAAGAAAACGAAGGAAUCGGUUGAGGACCGAAUGCCAGCUGUUACUGAACGCCUGGAUCAUCCUGUUUCUAACGGUGUUAGUUCCGAACAAAAAGAUUGUAAGAAAGAGGCACAGCCUUGGACUCCAGCGGAACAAAAGCUGCUGGAACAAGCGUUGAAGACUUACCCUACAAGCGUGCCUGAUAGAUGGGAUCAGAUAGCAGCAUGUAUUCCAACUAGGACGAAAAAAGAAUGCAUGAGGAGGUAUAAGGAGCUGGUCGAACUCGUCAAAGCGAAAAAGGCGGCACAAGUGAUGAAAUAAUAUUAGUCUGUCCUUAACAUGAAAAUUGUUUUUAACUUAUUAAAUUACAAACAAAUU